AUGCAACAAUUCACACCUUACUUUCCUGGUUUUGAUGGCCAACAGCAGCAAAAUCAGAAUCAGAAUCAACAACAGCCUCAGAACAACCAAGUACAGCAGACACAGCCUCAGCAGCCCAUGUCAUUGAGUGGUACUAAUCUUGCCAUCUACAGUCCUGCCGCUAUGCCUCCUUUGUCUGUACUGGCUGCCACCCAAGUCAAGAUGGAAGAGCAACAGCAACAACAGCAACAGGGUCUAGACAUUGGGGCUCAUGGCAAACCUAAGAGAAAGCAGGUCAAGAAUGCAUGUGUCAAUUGUCAAAAGGCCUGUAAGAAAUGUGAUGUGGGUAGACCAUGUCAAAGAUGCAUCAAGUAUGGAUUGACAGAAACCUGUGUCAACUCGGUUCGUAAGGAGCGUAAGAAGGGUGUUAAGCGUGGACCUUACAAGAAGAGAAACAAGAAUGUUACUGACAGUGUCACUUCAUCUGGUGCUUCCACGCCCAUGCCAGCCUCUGUAGUCAACGCCAACCUUUACACUCCUCCUACGCAAACAAACGGUGCCAGCACUCCUGCUACUACUUCAACCGCCACCACGCCUACCACUUCCAACACAAUGCCUAUCCACUAUCAGCCUUUCCAAACCACUCAAGCCUACGAUCCUUACGGCUACAACGGAAGCAAUGCCAUGAUGCCUCAAGCUUAUAUGGUUCCCAACAACCUCGCUCAAAUGUAUCCUACCAAUCCCCCCGUUUUAUCUUAUCAAGCUGCUAUGAACAUCAUUUCACCUCAACAGCAACAGCAAUCUCCUGUUCUCAACAAUGGAUUCAGACAAGAUCAACAAUCCCCUGAUCCAAAUGCCAACAAUAGUGCUGCUGCCACUCCUACCAAUUCCACUCCCGCAGCUACCGAUGGAAACAUGGCCAAAGUGGAAGAAGAUGACGAUGAUGAGGGAUCAAAAUUGACCAUUCUAUCUCAACUUUGCAGUUCUGUGUUGGCCAACAAUGAUGGCGCCAAACCUGCAGACACGUUGGACGAAAUCAAGGCCGAAGAGACACAUCAAAACACUCCUCCUCCAAGUCGUCCUCACUCUCGUGAAGCCUCUCAUGAAAACAACAUCAUCACUGGAACCAGCUUCACUGCUGAUUCUGCUCACACUUAUGUCAAUAGCCACUUGUCUCAUGUCACAAACAGCAACACCAGUGCACCCAACAGUGUUUAUGGUACACCUGGCUCAUCUCCUGCUGGAUCUCCUCUUCAGCAACAGGCUCAACAACAACAACAACCUCAAGCGCAGCAACAGUAA